AGGUCUGUCAGUGUCGUCUGUCAGAUAACCUUUUCUCUGUCUGAUACUGCUGAGAAAAACAAACAAACACCUGCCCUCUUCUUAUGAAACUGGUGUAUUGAACAUGACACGAUGAUGUGGACAUCCACAUAAGGAACGCCACGGCACAUAAUUAUUUAAACAUUUGAAAUGAGUGAAAGGAUUGUAAGCUUGUUGCUGGCCUCUUUAUUCAGUUGCUUUGCGGCUGAAUAAAAAGUGACAGAUUGACGUCAUUGAGACAGACGCAGAGCGAGCCCCAGCGAAAGAAGCAACCGAGCAGCGGCAGAGCAUCUUCUCUAGCUACAGAGUAGCCUACCUUGCAAACAACAUCCGUAGCCAAGAAUCUCUGAGCAUCCCCGGAAAAUAACGAUAAACCAGAUAAAUAACAUGGCCACCUCCUCCUCCCCUAAUCUGGAAGAAGACGAGAGUCUGAAGGGCUGUGAAGUGUUCGUGCAGAAGCACAACAUCCAGCAGAUCCUCAAAGAGUGCAUUGUCAACCUGUGCAUCGCCAAGCCUGAGCGUCCUAUGAAAUUCCUGCGGGAGCACUUUGAAAAGCUGGAGAAGGAAGAGUCCCAGCAGAUCCUGGCCCGCCAGAAGUCCAACUCUCAGUCGGACAGCCAUGAUGACGAGGUGUCCCCCCCGCUGCCCAACCCAGUGGUCAAGGCCCGCCGCCGCCGGGGAGGGGUCAGUGCUGAAGUCUACACUGAAGAGGACGCCGUCAGCUACGUCCGCAAGGUGAUUCCUAAAGACUACAAGACCAUGACUGCUCUGGCCAAGGCCAUCUCCAAGAACGUGCUGUUUGCUCACCUCGACGACAACGAAAGGAGGUAAGAACCACAAAUCAUAAUCCAACUGACCCAAGAUCAGUGUCUAGAGACGACUUCAUCCUAGUGAAAACACAUUAGUGACUGAGUGACUGAGUGAGAGAGCGUCAUUGUGUGUGUGAGCUAAUCAUAAAGAGUCCUUUUGUUGUGGUUGAGCAGUUUUCCCGUGUGGCCACAGUGGGCCAGUGUUGUCUGCAGUGCUGCUGGGUUGAAACAGGUCAGAAGUGGUGAGAAGAGGGGCAGGCAGACACUGGGCAGAGGGGCGAGGGGUACGGAGAGAGAGAGGGGGGCAUGCUGGAGGGAAAAUUUA